GAGACAAGGUUUCACUAUGUUGGCCAGGCUGGUCUUAAACUCCUGACCUCUGGUAAUCCACCUACUCAGCCUCCCAAAGUGCAGAGAUUACAGUUGUCAGCCACUUCGCCCGGCCCACCCAUGCUAUUAUUUGCAUUCCGAGUCAUGGAUGCAUGGAAAAAUACUAUCCUUUUGCUGUGAGGGCCACGGGGUAGCCUUACAGCAGACACUUAAUAGGCUUGGCGUGUUCAGAUGCUACAUAUCCAGACCUCUAAGGGAAACUCUAAGAUCUUGAAUGUCUUGCCUGAUAAGAAUGCCUCUGCAUACCUGGACCCCUGGGCCCCGGCCGAUAGCUGGUGCACACAACAUGACUGAAGGUGGGGCCACAGGCCGUGCAGUAUCACGGGACCUCUGGAGGAGCUUGAGGCUGACUGACUAACGUCAGCCAUGCAGCUGCUCCAGGCCAACACCGCCAACCUCCAGUAAAACCCUGCCGCCAAGGCUUAGGCCAGUGUCCCUGGUUGUCACACUUCCAUGCUGGGAGAAUGAUGGGUGUGCACAGGCCUCCCCUGGAGCGCUCACCAUGGUCUUCCUCCUGGUCUCUCCUGCACUCUGCCCUGUGUGCCUUUUCGUUUGCCGACUCUAACCUGAGUCCUUUCACUCCCUAAACCCUAACCAAGAGUGUGACGGUUUUCCUGAGUAGUGAGAGCUCUGCAGGUGGUGUGGACCUGGACUCAGAGGUUACGUUGGCUCACUGAAACAUCUCCCACAAGGCAGGAGACCUGGAGGUGGGCUCCAGAUAGCGUGUGGGGCCCCCGGCAGGGCAGGGGGCAGGAAGUGGGGCUGAGAGCCCCUGGGCUGUGACAUUCUGUGGGUCUGUACAGGACGGGCACUUCCACGCUGCCAGGCCCCACGAAGCGCUCAAGAAGGCCUUACCUGCCUGCUUUAAGCGGGCUCCCGUCUCGGGGCCAGGCCCUUGGUGCUAGAGGAGGUCAUGGGUGGAAGACAGGGGGCACCAAGCGGGCAGCCAGGACCCCACAGGCUACAGACAAGGACUGUGCGGUCCACCGGGUCUGGGCCACAUCAAGGGGUGUGGUUGAGGACCCACCCCAAGGAGCUGAAAGCCAGGGCACUGCCAGGCAUGAGGGUCCUCAACAGCCCUUGGGCCCAGGGCCGGUGAAGCUAGGUGGAGGAGCAGAGCUCCGACCCCGCCCCCAGGGGGCGCCCCGGGCCCAGCGCGGGAGGAGGCAGAGGGGGCGCCAGGCAGCGGGAGAGGAGGCCAUGGGCGCGCGCGGGGCGUUACUGCUGGCGGUGCUGCUGGCGUUGAGGGGACUCGGGAAGCCGGAGUCGCAGCAGGCGAAGCUGUUGUCAGAGCCCUGCGGCCACCGAGAAAUACACUCGCUGGUAGCGGGUGGAGUGGAAUCCGCGCGCGGGCGCUGGCCAUGGCAGGCCAGCCUGCGCCUGCGGAGACGCCACCGAUGUGGAGGGAGCCUGCUCAGCCGUCGCUGGGUGCUCUCGGCUGCGCACUGCUUCCGGAAGCACUAUUAUCCCUCUGGGUGGACGGUCCAGUUGGGCGAGCUGACUUCCAGGCCACCUUUCUGGAACCUGCGGACUCACAGAAAUCGUUACAAAGUGCAGAACAUCAUUGUGAACCCUGCCUCCUUUGGGGUUAUACACAAUGACAUCGCCCUGCUGAGACUGGCCUCCUCUGUCGCCUACAAUGCACACGUCCAGCCCAUUUGCGUCGAGUCGUCCACUUUCAUCUUCCUGCACCGGCGAGACUGCUGGGUGACCGGCUGGGGCUUCAUCGGCUCCAACGCACGUCUGCCACCUCCCUACAAACUCCGGGAAGCACAAGUCACCAUCUUAAACAACACCAGGUGUAAUUACCUGUUUGAACAGCCCUCUAGCCGUGGUAUGAUCCAGGAUUCCAUGUUUUGUGCUGGUGCUGAAGAUGGCGGUGUAGACACCUGCAAAGCUGGGCUCACCCAUGCUGCUCCCCAGGGUGACUCAGGUGGACCCUUGGUCUGUGACAAGGAUGGACUGUGGUAUCAGGUUGGAAUCGUGAGCUGGGGAAUGGACUGUGGUCAACCCAAUCGGCCUGGUGUCUACACAAACAUCAGUGUGUACUUCCACUGGAUCCGGAGGGUGAUGUCCCACAGUACGCCCAGGCCAAGCCCCUCUCAGCUGCUGCUGCUCCUUGCUCUGCUCUGGGCUCCCUGACUCCUGCAGCCAUUUUGAGUGCACAAGAGACUGUGAGGCUACAGUGGAGACCACAGUAUUGGCUCAUUUCCCCCUGGCUGUGGCACUUCAAGGACAGGGUUAGGAUCAGAUUCCAGCCCCUUUUGUCCCAUUUGCUAAUAAAUACAUGUGCAUGUUAAAGCUGA